AUGAAUUUAUUCAAGUGCGUUCGCAUUCAAGAACAUGACGAUCCUUUGGAUCCCCGUGAGUUUCAGGAUCUUCUUGAUCCUGAUGAAGCUCCCGAAGCAGCAGCUGACCUUGGCUCCAUUUUUGACGGUAUUUCAGCGUCCAUUCGGGGGUUUUGCGUGAACGAGGAGCAGAAGAUUUUAGAAAUUCGCACACCGACAAGCAACACAAUCUCGACCACAGGCGGGGGCCGGACACGAUCUCAUGCAGUGACCAACCUCCAGUAUCCACUGGUAUGUGAGUUCUAUGCCGAUCCCAAAAGCGCCGGCCCUGCACUAGCAAAGAAGAUCCCAUUUGUAACCGAGAUGAGACCUGGCUUUCCAUCAACUGGGCUCCUACAGGAGAAAUGCGAGUACUCUCUAUUCACUUACAAAGUAUCCAAACCGCACCGCUGGAUGCAAGACCCGGAAAUGCAGUUCAUAUUCAGUGGCAGCACAGAGACAACCACUUCGACUUGUGUCACGUCAAAUACAUUCAUCCCAUUGAAAGAAUUGGAAACGCGGAUUGGGCGCUAUGGCGACCCAGACGAUCGCUGCAGAGCCUAUGCAUUAGAUUGGCUCACCUUUCUCGCUCAUACUACUAAUCGAGUCUUAAUCCCGAGGCAAAAGAUGAUUCUCCAAGAGAAGGAAUGGGGCGAGGGCCACAGGGAGCGAUUUAACGGAGCUCAUCUUUUGACUAGCGACACUGCGGGUAAUACCGUUGACUCCAAGCAAAAUACGAAUGACCUGAAGAAAAAGCCUGGCUCCAAGGACAAAGUCGUCAUGAGCCUGAGUUCCAAGUUCAUCGUCAACCUGCUAAGGCCAACUAACGAUGAUAAACCUGGGGCUGACCUGGGGCAAUACAUAUUCCGUCGAUGGUGCCAGGUCGCGUACGUAGCUGCUAUCACCAAGAAGCCGGCGUACGCCGUCAAUGCGCGUUUUUGGACAAUACCGAAGACGCUGCAAACACCACUCGUAUUUUACUACGCUGUUGACGAAGACCUGCAGAAGGUCAAGAAUCGCAUCUCGGAAUUAUGGACCAGGCCUCAAGUCCCCAAGUCUAUCAAGGACUUGGCCAAAGACCUGUCUCCUAAGCCCUCUGGGCCAGGAUCCUUUGACCAAGAGUGGGCAGAGGCGAUACGCCGUGCGCAUGCUCAGGCUGCCUCUAAAUUCACGACCGACCCCAAUGUAUCGCCAAAUGCAAGCGUUCCAAAGUGUGAGGUUAUAUUAGCUCCUCAAUGUACGCUGGAGUGGAAGCAGGAGCAUGUCCUACUCGGCCGCCAUCCACAGGGCUUCUAUAGUACGUACAUUUCAAAGGCACUUGCGGCUGAGAUGGACAGAAAAGGCUAUUCGUACUUCAAGCCAGACCGGCCGUUCCCCAAAUAUAGCAUUGACAAGGCUCAAGAGCUGGGGGCGAUGAUCACCUCAGCUGUAUUUCCCGAGACCAGCGCAACGAGGACCGAGAUCACCCGUGGAAGAAUUCAGGAUGCCACCAAGUGGCCUCGCUUCAAGGGACAGAGUGCCAUCAUGGACGGAAGGAGUGCAACAGAUGUACUUCAAAAGUUAUGGGGUGUUCAUAAGGCCCGAUCUGUUGAGUGGCUUCAUCGAUCGGCAUAUUCCUACGGAGGUAUCCUAGACGGCGCGAACAACACAAACCCCGAUUCAUCUCAAUGCAAAGAAAACCUUGUCUGGGGUACAUACGAGUGCAAUACUGCCAUGAUCAGACACGAGUCGUACCUCAAAAGAUUUGUUGAAAAGUCUGAGCUAACGGUUGGUCUCGUCACCGAGUUGAAGCGAGAUAUGACAUGGAAUAACAAGUCACUGUCAUGGCUCGUUCCGAAGCUGAGCUAUGAAUGGAUAUGCCCAGUGCCGGGCUAUCCGGAUCAUUUGGCUCAUCACAGUUCCGAGUUCAACCUCGUCUCGCGAAAAUACCCCACACGAUUUGAAGUCGAAAUGGAUGAAGCUUUUGAUGCCCUCUGGUUGCCCGAUUUAACUAAGCUAAACGCGUCAGCUACAAGUAAGAAGAAUGUGCCAGCCGUGACCAAAUUGAAGUUACCGAUUGUUAUGCUGUUUGCUCAAGUCCCGGGGCCGCAGCCGCAGAUACAGACGCAGAACCAGGCGCAAAAAACACGCCCAAAGCUCUAG